CGCCCUCCAUUUCCCUCCAACCAUACACGCUCUCUACCUCUCUUCUCAUCCAUGGUCAAUCCCACCCUCUGCUCUCGUCAAAUUUUGUCCCAUUUCGCCUCUCUUCUCUUGGUCCACCUUCGCCCACCGCGGCCUCUCUCUCUCUCUCUGUCUCAAUCAUUCAAAACUAACAUCUUCAUCAUUUCCCACCAUCUACUCACUUCUCCAACUUUCCCCUGUUCUCCCUCCUCCCAUUUCCUUCUCGGCCUCUCCCCAUGCUUCUGUCUUCCGCUCAACUCCCCUUCCUUCCCCUCCGAACCCCAAUACCUCCCUUUCACUCCUCGAAGAGGUGUCGACUCGCUGCGGUUCGUGAGAACCAAGUGAAGCAUGCGUCAAGUUUGGAGCUUGAUCGGUCUCUGCCCGGAACUGGGGAUUCCCAUGCCGAGAAGAAGGCGAUGGGGACGGGAAUCGAGGCUGGAGAACUGAGCGUACGGUAUGAUGAUGGAUUUGGGACGAAGAGCGUGAAGGACUACUUCGACAUGGCGAAGGAGAUCAUCAAGCCCGACGGAGGGCCCCCUCGCUGGUUCUGCCCUGUCGAGUGUGGACCUCCGAUAAAGGACGCUCCUCUGCUGUUCUUUUUACCUGGUAUCGACGGCACUGGAAUGGGAGGUUUUUGAAGUUUGGUGCUUGCACAUUCCAGUAAAUGAUCGGACACCAUUUGAGGGACUUGUGAAAUUCGUUGAACAUUCUGUGAAUUCUGAGCAUGCUACAUCUACGAAUAAGCCAAUAUACCUUGUAGGAGAUUCCUUCGGGGGAUGCUUAGCACUUGCUGUUGCUGCUCGCAACCCCACUGUCGACAUUGUACUAAUAUUAGUCAAUCCAGCAACAUCAUUUGCUAAGUCACAAUUGCAGCCUUUACUUCCUGUCUUGGAGGCACUACCAAGCAACCUCCACAUCACUGUUCCUUACCUUCUUAGCUUUGUCAUGGGUGAUCCUCUGAAGAUGGCAAUGGCCAGUGUUUCAAAAGACCUUCCUCCUCCAGAAACACUCGAUGAAUUGUCAAAAAAUCUUACUUCUUUGUUACCUAUACUAUCAGAUUUGGCAGAUAUUAUACCGAAGAACACUCUUUUGUGGAAACUUAAGCUUCUCAAAUCUGCUGCAGCUUAUGCCAAUUCUCGCCUACAUGCUGUAGAAGCUGAAGUUCUACUGCUUGCAAGUGGAAAGGACAACUUGCUACCAAGUGGAGAAGAAGCAGAUCGACUUUGGAAUUCACUAAAAAAUUGCAGAGUUCGAUACUUCAAAGACAAUGGUCACACCUUUCUUUUGGAAGAUGGAAUCAAUUUGUUGAGUAUAAUCAAGGGCACCUGCACUUAUCGUCGUUCUAGACAACAUGAUUAUGUCACAGAUUACCUUCCUCCUACUCACAGUGAAUACCAAAAACAUAUUGAACAAGAGUAUAGAUGGUUUCUCCUUGCAACAAGUCCAGUCAUGUUUUCAACUCUGAAAGAUGGAAGGAUAGUGAAGGGUCUUGCUGGGGUUCCUGACAAAGGUCCUGUCUUGUUAGUGGGUGAUCACAUGCUGAUGGGGAUUGAACUUAGCCCACUUUAUAAAGCAUUCUUGAAAGAGAAGAAUAUUAUAAUUCGUGGCAUGGCACACCCGAUAUUGUUUUUAAAGAAAGCUGAAACUUCGCGGCAGGAGUUCUACCACUUUGAUAUUUUGAAUAUCUUUGGUGCAUUACCUGUUACUCCAAUCAACAUGUAUAGGCUGUUUUCAAGAGGAUCAUUUGUACUCCUUUAUCCUGGAGGUGCGCGUGAGGCUCUACAUCGGAAGGGUGAAGAAUAUAAGUUGUUUUGGCCAGAUCAGCCUGAAUUUGUGAGAAUGGCUGCUCGAUUUGGGGUCACGAUUGUACCAUUUGGGGUUGUUGGAGAAGAUGAUGUAGCAGAGUUGGUUCUUGAUUACAAUGAACAAAAGAACAUUCCAUAUAUCCGAGAAUGGAUAGAAGAAAACAAUAAAGACAUACUUUUAAGGUCUGAUGCCAGUGGGGAGGUUUCUGAGCAGCAGCUUUAUUUUCCGGGAAUGAUCCCAAAAUUACCUGGGCGUUUUUAUUAUCUAUUUGGGAGACCAUUUGAAACACGAGGAAUGGACAUUCUAAAGGACAGAAGUAAAGCAAAUGUAAUGUAUUUGCAGAUCAAAUCAGAAAUUGAGAAUAUGCUUUCAUAUCUGAAGCGAAAGAGAGAGGAGGAUCCAUAUAGGAGUAUCAUACAGCGGGCUCUACAUCAGGCCUCUUGGGGUUCCUCAGCUGAAGUCCCCACCUUUGAGCCAUGAUGGUUUGGAUAGUAAAGAUGCAACUCUUGGUCUGAUAUCUAUAUCACGCUUUCAGUUCAAUCAUGGAGAUGGUAUUAUUUAAACCACAGUCUGCAAAUCAUGAACAAAGAAUUCAGCAUGGGUGCAGAAAAUUGAGUAAUAACAGAAAGCUUGCGAUUUUCUUAUUCCAAUGAAGUUGAGGAGAAAAGCAGCCUGGCUAAUUGCAUUUAAAACUAAAGGUUGUGUGGAUUAGGAUACUACUCUGAUAGUAUGGUAUGAUAAAUUGACAGUCUCUGUGAGUCAAGAUAGUCGUAAGUGAGAUCGUGAAGUGGUUAAUAUUCAGAGUAAGGAUCGGUGGUUCUAAGCUGCUGUUUGGUCUUAUCAAGCUGUUAAUGAUCUCAUUAUGUACUGUAAUGUUGCCAGCAUUCCAAUAAGCAUAUGCCCUAUGAAACAGCAAAGUUUCCGGUCAACGUUAAGAAGGAAUAUUAUGUUCUUUUAUUUUAUCAUCAGCCAUGACCAAAAGAGAGAAUAAGAAAGUAAUAACUUACUGAAGUCUUGAUUGUGACAAAGUUCAGCAUCUUUUGAGAUCAGAAGAGAUAGGUGAAUAAACAAAUUUUGGUAAACCAUGGUUCUUGCACAUGGUUGUGCUUUGUAACAAAAAUACAAGGAUGCCUACUUUAUUUAAUUCCUCACUUUGUAUGUGUCGAUCAUUAUAUAUCAUUCAUAAAUUUCAAGGUAUUGUCACAUUUAUGUAAAAGUACAUUAUUCACUGGGCAAUGGUUCAAACGAUUUGUUGGACAAAA